UACUGACUUGUUGACAAUAUUUUGUUAGAAAUCACAUACCAGAAGGAUAUUUAUUAUAAUUCAUUAUGUCCAGCUUAGUAAAUGCUUCUUGAUUAACAGUUUCUGUAAGCAAGGUAGGUGACUCUUAAUAGUUUUGUUCAUAAGUUUCAAUGGAGGAAACAUUCAUUAGUUUCUGUCUUGUGAAAUGGCAAAACUUGGACCAAGUUGCUGCACCAGUAUCAGACAAUAAUCUUCAUGCUGGUAAUAGCUGAAUAUUUUCUUUUGCUGACUGCAGAUUUUGAUCUUACAUACAUUUUGAUAGCUUAGUUAGCUGCUGUAAUUAGAUCAUUUAAGGCAGAGUGAAGCUAACUGGAGUAUUAACAGGAACACUGGAGUGUUCCUGCUGUGCUUGUGAAGGGUGCAGUUAGGCUUUACAGGGACUCCUCUUGCUUCUCUCCAGCCAUAGAGGGGAUCCUGGGUUAACAUGAUCAUUUAGGCUUUACCCCUAGUCACUGCUAAUCUCUCCAGCUCUCUCAGGAUGACAAAAAUGGCUGCAUUUCUCUCUAUACCAGAAGCACCAAUGACUAGAGCAGAGAUAGAAUUAAUCUUACUUCUAGCCUCCACAUGAGCACACAGCCUGUUGUCCUGCAAGUGCCUGUGGACUGGAGGUUUUCUCUUACCAGAAGAGCUUUCCCAGCUCACCAUCACUGAUCAGUUAGCCUUAGCAGUGUGCCUGUCUUGGGAGGCUAUGCUAUAUGCUGAUUAAAACUGUUUCAGGAUUUUUCCACAUGAAAAAAUUUUACAAGCUCUAAAAUAGGAGAGUCAAACGUAUUUCCUGAAAUGCUGAAUGCCUUGAAGCUGUAGCAGAACUAGGUACUCAUCCUUUUGUCAUUCCUGCCUCCCCAUCUUGGACCAUUGGCAUGUACUCUGAAUCCUGAAGCACAGGACCUACAUCAGAAAUGUGCUGUGGCAACCAGAGUAAUUAAGGACAAUCGUACUCCUUUCACUUUCUUUAUAUGGCACAACAUCAAUGACUAGAACUAGCAAAGUAAUGCUCAAUUCACUAAAAAUUUGGGGGAAUAAAAGAUUGUGAAAACAAACAAGUCCAAAGCUGCAUUCACCUUUAAGGAGAUCAGAACAACUGAGUAACAGUCACACUCAUCUAACAGGACUAUUUUCAAAUUACUUCAGGUAUGAGCACAGGCAUUCUGAGACUUCUGCUUUGUGGGUUUCAACCUCAUUAUUUUUUUCUCUAAAAUGAUUCUUCAAAUCACAUAAACAUAAUGCAAAGAAGAAAAGAAAUAGAGGCGUAUCAACACCUGACAGAAACUGGUAAGACAUAACUGGCAGCCAGGGACAUGCACAGACAUGGUGAAGUGUAAGCAUGCAGAUAAGCUGUGUUUUUCCCACACCCUAGUCAGACACAAAACAGCUUCGGAGAGCUGCAGAGCACUGGGUCUCCGGGUGACUCGCUUCAAAAAAUCUUCACAAUGUUCCUUGCUAAAGCUUUGCUGAGCGGAGGAAGUGGCAGUAGUCGUGGAGGAAGCCUUGCACGUGGCCUUGGAGGGCUCCUGACAGGAGGUGGAGGUGCAGGGAAUAUUGGAGGGCUCCUGACAGGAGGUGGAGGUGCAGGGAAUAUUGGAGGACUUGUUGGAGGUCUCGUCAGCCUCAUAAGCGAGGCAGCAGCUCAGUAUAAUCCAGAGCCACCUCCACCUCCUCGCAAUCACUUUACAAACGUGGAAGCUCAGGAGAGCGAUGAGAUCAGACAGUUUCGUCGCCUGUUUGCCCAGCUGGCUGGAGAUGAUAUGGAAGUGUGUGCCACAGAGCUCAGGGACAUCCUGAACAAAGUCCUUUCCAGACACCAAGACUUGAAGACGGAUGGCUUCAGCUUGGACACGUGCCGUAGCAUGGUCGCCGUCAUGGACAGCGAUGCAAGCGGCAAGCUGGGCUUUGAGGAGUUCAAGUAUCUGUGGAACAACGUCAAGAAGUGGCAGUGUGUGUACAAGCAGUAUGACACUCAUCAGGCAGGCACCGUUGGGAGAGCCCAGCUGCCAAACGCCUUGAAGGCUGCGGGGUUCCAGCUGAACCAGCAGCUGUGCCAGGUGAUCGUGCGCAGGUACGCCGCCGAGGAUGGCAGCAUGGAUUUCAACAGCUUCAUCAGCUGCCUGGUGCGGCUGGACAGCAUGUUCAGGGCAUUCAAGAGCCUGGACCAAGAUGGGAGUGGGCACAUCAAAGUGACCAUGGAAGACUGGCUGCAGCUGACCAUGUAUUCCUGAAGGCACGGCAGAGAGGCAGCUGUGUCUGGAAGAUGAUACACGUGGAGGACUGCAGUGCUCUGCUGUACACCUGCAGUCUUUGCCUUUAAUCUUCCUAAGGCAGAUGUAGCUAGUGGUAGAUGGCUCAGCUUCAGGUGUAGUUUUUCUUCUUGUGUAUGCACUAGUUUGCUUUACUGAAGGAUUUGUGCAGGUUGUUGAUUGGGCAGUUGCAUAAGUUUGUCUUCAGAAAAUUCUAGACUCUUAAGGUUAGUGAAUAUACUGGAAAGAUCAAAGCUUAGUUACUUUUUCAUGUAAAGUGGCUUGUAUAUUAGUGUAACUAUUAUGUAAAAAAGCUCCUAAGUUUGGUGUUGAUGUUGCUGUUCUGAUUUGUCAGCAGUCACUAAGCCAGAAUAAAGGCGGUUUGCCUGAAGGCAGUCACUGGUAG